UUAGAUAAUUGCAUUAAUGAGAAAUUGAACAGGUGUUCCGAAAAAUCCUUUAGGUGAGUGUAUAUAAGCAGUAUGGCGCCGUCAUAUUGCUUAUAUCUGUUCUGCAUUUCCAUGUCUAGGCAAUGGCCCCCAGUUGAGUGGCGAGGGGUCAAAAUUGGAGUAGGUCUUUGUAAUUGACCUUAUGACCCAGACAAAAUGUAAUCGUUUGUUUAGCUCCUCCCCUUUAUUGAGCCAAUUAAUUUUAGAGAUUAUGUCAAUGAGUCGAAUAACCUUGGUGGCUCUGGUACGAGUUGAAACUGAGCCUGGGUUCUGGAAACUCUAACUCUAGUUCUUCCCUGUGUUCCACACUUAGUGUUUUAGAAACGUAAAUAGACUGAACAGUCCCAUGCAUUGUAAUUCCUUGGGAAAUUAAGUUGCAUUUGUAAUCACUGGUUGCUAACUUUGAAAUAUCAGCGGAAGUUAAUGGCGGAUUAGGUCUUGGUUCCCAAAUUAAUACAGCUCCAGAUGUUGUGUGAUGUUUUUUCAGGUCCAUUAUUUUCCCAAUUUGCCAUGUCACAUUAUCAUUGGAAAGUAAUCACCUGUGCAAUGUUGUUAGAUUCAAUUGUAUAAUUUGUUUUACUCUUUAAAGCCCACUGGCAUGUGAUACAUUUGUUUGUUGAAAUAUAUUUUUUCAGACAUUUAAGCAUCAGUGGGGCAACAAAGUGAUGAGAGUUUUUGCUGUGAGAGCAGUUGGUCACAGUUGAAACUACAUGCAGACCGGAGGCUGCUGGAUAAACCAGAACGUCUAACCGACUCAGAAUGGACGAGAACCGAACCAUCGACCCAAGCUGCAUGGACCAACCUCCAGUGGCCAUCGAUAUCAUUCUCCAGUUGGACAUCUUUGGUAUCAUCCUGUACUCUGUGCUGACCUUCAUGGCAACCAUCUCCAUGCUUGUCUACAUAGAGGAGUGUUGGUACAUCUACCAGAAGGUUCCCGCCCAAAAGAAGAGCGCCAUCAUCUGGGUCAAUGGGGCUGCGCCGGUAAUCGGGACCAUGUCCUGUCUCGGGAUGUGGAUUCCAAGAGCCACCAUGUUUACUGACAUGACCUCGGCCUGCUACUUUGCCAUCGUGGUGUUCAAGUUCCUGGUGUUGAUGAUCGAAGAGGUGGGAGGUGAUGAGGCGUUUCUACAGCGAGCGGGGAAGAACAAGCUGAGGAUCAGUACAGGACCCUGCUGCUGCUGUUGUCCCUGUCUGCCCCAUGUUCCAAUCACACGACGAAGUCUGUUCCUGCUGAAGUUGGGGUCGUUCCAGUUUGCCCUGUUGAAGGUCGUCUUCACCGUUCUGUCCAUUGCCCUGUGGACCAACGGCAACUUUGAAAUGGCAGACAUGAGGAUAACAGGAGCAUCUAUCUGGAUCAACCCGGGACUGGGCGUCCUGACGAUCAUAGCCCUCUGGCCUGUCGCCAUCAUGUUUAUGCACCUCAGGACGACGCUGCGCAGCCUCAAGAUCAUCCCCAAAUACGCCAUGUACCAGCUGGUGCUGGUGCUCAGUCAACUUCAGUCAGCCAUCAUCAACAUCCUGGCACUGCGUGGAGCCAUCGCCUGCACUCCUCCCUACUCCUCACGCGCCCGGGGAUACUUGAUGAGUCAACAGUUGUUGAUUCUGGAGAUGUUUGUCAUCACCUUGGUAACUCGCAUGUUGUACCGCCGCCAGUACGACCCCCUUCCUGAAAAUGAGCCCAACGACGAGAACACCAAGAUCAUCCUGUCGGCUGAGAACUCAGAUGUAGCGUGAGAGAGGAAGUGCGUGUGUGCGUGUGUGCGCAUGUGUGUGUGCGCGUGUGUGUGUGCGUGUGUGUGUGGGAGGUAAAGAUAAAGCAUGCGGCCUGGGGCAGUUGGGGAUUAAUUAUAUAGUUGCACCUUUGUACACAAACCUACUGGAUAUCUGGAUUUUGUUAUGUUCUAUGGAAGUCUGUAAUAUCAACUCAGUCCGUCUUUAUUGUUCCGGGAGCAAAGCUGUUUUUGUCAUUGUUCAUGUAAUGUAGCAAUGUAGUGUCAAGAUCAAUUUAUAUAAUAAAUACAUUUUCAAACAGUG